AUGGCUGUGGGGGCUUCUAGAUCAGAGCUUCUGGAGUGGAUCAAUACCACGUAUCAGCUCAAGUACACCAAGAUCGAGCAGUGCGGGAAUGGAGCCGUGUACUGCCAGAUUUUUGACUCCAUUUUCGGGGAUUUGCCGAUGGGAAAAGUCAACUUUAAUCCCACCUCAGAUUACCAGACCCUGACCAACUACAAAAUUCUGCAGAGUGGCUUCUCGAGGCACAAGAUUACCAGAGAGGUUCCGGUUGAACGGCUGAUGAAAUGUCGCCUCCAGGAUAAUCUGGAAUUUCUACAGUGGAUGAGCAGACUGUGGUCAGAAAAUAAGCUCGACGAUUACGAUCCAUCAGCACGCAGGAAGACUCCGGUGCCUCCAUCGACUGGAGGAACGUCAUCUGGCAGCCGCCGGGUAUUUUCCAGCUCGUCAGCAAACGGUAGCCGCAUAGGCAGCAGAAGAACGUCUCUCACUGGAUCUGCGCAAAAAGUCAGAGAUCCCUUGCAUCCGAAGCCACCGUUGAGCUAUUCCGGCUCCCGUGUAUCUUCCGGACAUGGCCCUGGCAUUCCAUCUGGCGUUCAAGAAGAACUGAAGAACCUGAGAGCCCAGGCGGAAGAAUUAAAACUGGUCCAGGAGAGCUUGGAGACAGAAAGAAACUUCUACUUCAAUAAACUACGAGACAUCGAAAUCCUCACACAGAACCUCAACGAAAAGCUGCAAAGCUCUGAGCCUGUCGACGUUAGCAUGGAGCAGCUAAUCUCCCACAUCCAGGAGAUCUUGUAUAGCACUACCGAGGGUUUCCAAAUUCCUAGCGAAGACCAAAUUGAUGGCAUAGGGAAGGAAAACGAUAUCAAGAUGGUCGACGAGGAGACCUUCUAA